AUGUUCUCAGGAUGGGGCGCCGACCCAUUUGCUGAGCUGGUCGACAAGGCCACCUCGGAACUGCUUCCUGCCGGCCAAGAGGACAUCGCAUUAAAUCUUGAAAUAUGCGACAAGAUCAAGAGCAAGAGCGUACCCGUGAAGCAGGCUAUGCAGACAAUCAAAAAGCGGAUUGGCCACAAGAAUCCCAACGUCACGUUGUUAGCACUGGGACUAACAGAUAUAUGCAUCAAGAACUCAGGCGAUUACUUCCUGAACGAGGUUGGCUCUCGCGAAUUUCUGGACAACCUCGUCUCCAUCAUCCGCAGUCCCAACGGCGUCAACCCAGAUGUCAAAACAAAGAUCCUCAAGCUCAUCCAAUCUUGGUCGCAGAUAUCGGAAGCGCGACCAGGAUUCAUGAGCUAUGCAGCAGAGAUCUACCAGUCGCUCAAGUCCGACGGGUUCGAGUUUCCGCCGAAGGACUCAAAGGAGGCUUUCACGAGCUCAGCCGCUUUCGAGACACGCACCCAACCCGAAUGGAUCGACGGGGAUGUCUGCUUGCGGUGCCGGACUCCGUUCACAACCUUUAAUCGCAAGCACCACUGUCGUAACUGCGGCAAUGUGUUUUGCCAGCAGUGUUCGAGUAAGACGAUGGCUCUUCCUUGGUUUGGCGUCGGGCAGGAGGUUCGUGUGUGCGACGGGUGCUUUGCGAGAAAGGCACCACCAAAGGCCGGGGGCAGCUCCUCCGCCACCAAGAUGCCAGGUAGCCCUUCGUUAAACCGCUCAAAGAGCUCGGCUGUGGCCACUACCGGGCGAGGAGGUGCAGGUAACAGCCACCAACGAUCCAACACUCUGGGCUCCAAGCCUAAGCGAAGCACAAAGGAAGACGAAGAUUUGGCGCUUGCCAUCCAGCUCUCGCUUGAGGCAUCUGAUCAGAGCUCCUCGUCAUCUAGCGCGAGACCGGGAUACAUGCCCAGCUCAAGUGCGCCUUCACAACCGUCGCGCUCUUCAUAUGUACCUGAUUCUGCAUCAGCCCGCAAGCGAGAAGGCACCGACGCCGACGAUGAUCCGGACUUGGCAGCAGCGAUUGCCGCCAGUCUUCAGGAAUACGUGCCUCCCCAGCCGAGCGCCCCUGGAGUAGCGGGGGAAAGUGAUUCGGGGCGCAGAACGCCGCGCUUGGGGUCGGAUUCCUACUCGAAGACGAUUUCGCGCGAAUCUGCAGCUGCUGGAGGUGCAAACUCACAUGGUACCGCUCCAUCACCGGUUGGCUGUGCCCUCCCUGCCAAAAUGCCCACACUGCCUUCCGUCGAUCUACCACCCUCAGACAUCGACGCAAUUUUGACCUUUGCACAGACAGUAAGGCAGCUGGAUCGAUCUAUUGCCGCCGGGCAGACCCCAAGAGGGCAACAGCCCUCACAGCAGGCGCAGACGCUUUUCGAGAAGUCGUCGGCCGUGCGGCCUCGCAUGGCGAGGAGCUUAGGCGAGGCAGAGAGGAGGCACAAGGCCCUCUUGCAGAUGCACGAAAAGCUAGCGGAGGCCGUGCGCAUGUCCGACCGUCUGCUGGACGCACAGCUUGCGGGGAAUGUUUGGAUGAUGUCUGUGGCGGAGGCACGCGGUGCACCAGCUGCGUUACCGCCCCAGGCAGCUGCUGAUGGAAGCUUCUACCCUCAGGCGCAACAAACGUAUAGCCAACAGCGAGGCUACGUCACGAUCUCCCCACCAGCGGUAGCUGCUCCCACUAUCUACCCAAGCGUGCCUUCUAUUUCGCUUGGGCAACCCGACGCUGCUGCUCCUGCCGCUGUCGCUGCUUACGCAUCGCCAGCACUUUACCGCCAGCCGCAGCAGCAGUACUCCCAGGCAGCGGACUAUGCCGCGUACCAAAGCGGCGCGACUUCUGGGCAACAGCCAUCGGCAUUGCAGUACGAAGAUCAGUCGGUAUAUUUCGGCCAUCCGCAUGCCAGCAGCCAAGUCGGCCCGGAUGUCACAACUCCUUCGGAUGUGGGUGGUCCAACGUACGCCUAUCCUGCAGCGAGCGGAUACAGUGGGGCUGACAGCGGCACUGAUGGAAUACAUGGGUACAUAUCGCCUACACAGCAGCAGCAGCUGCUGCUGCAACAGCAGGUAGACUUGGCAGCGAUGUCGCCCGGCAGCCAGUCAGAUACUUCAGGCGCGAAUGGAGGCUGGACGAUUCCCAUUCAAGCUCGGGGUGAAGCAGCAGCGCAACAGCAGUUCCAACUCCAGCAACAGGAGCAGAUAGAACGACAAUUUGCGCCGUUGGCCCCUCGCUUGCAGCACCAAUACACUCAGCCGGACCAUUACGAGCACCUGCACCCGCAGCACCACUACCAACAGCAACCCUACCCGCUCUCCCCUGGCUAUGACGGAGGAGAGACUCCCUCGGGCCUCUCUGGGCCGGCAGGUGCCAACGGGUACUUUGCUGCGACGAACGUUACCAGUCCCGGUCAAACAUACUCUAAGAUUCAGGACAUGCAGCUCCCACCCUGGAACCGCUCUGGGCCGGAGGUGCCACUCAUUGAUUUGUGA